AUGCACCGCCGACACCGCGCCGCGCCGUUUCUCCCACUGCUGCUGCUGCUGCUCGUGCUGCACUGCGGCGGCGGGUGCCGCGCCGCUGCGGGCCGCCGUGUGUUCGACGACACGGUGCCGAAGAGCGGCUGGCCGGCGGCUGCGGUGGUGCGUGAGGUGCCGCGGAGGGGGCAUGGCACGGCGCAGGCGUACACCGUCGCAACGGCAGCGGCGGCAGGAGGAAAGAGCAUCGAGGGCUGGGCGCCCAUCCGCAUCGAGGUGUCCACGAAGGAUCUGGAGCAGAAAUCUCAGAGGGGGAAGAAGAGGUACUGCGAAGCAGCGGGGGAUGAGUGCAUCAACUACUUGGGACACGAGGUAACUUGCACGAACCGUGACGUACUGUCGGACGCUAAGAAGCAGUUGUAUACGACGAAGAUUAUUCCCGGGGCCGUCAAGCUGCACGUGGAGCGACUUCUCGUGCAGCCAGUGGCUGAGAAAAUUGUUGUGCCGCGAAAUCUCGAAGAGCAUUGCCGGCACUUUACAAUUCCAACUGAGCACAAGAGCGGGGGUGUGGCGGAUGCCGACAUGGUCCUCUACGCUGCUGCCGGGCCACUCGGUCAUAACACUCCGGCGUGGGCCGCCACGUGUGCCACGUUGGAUGACCUCCGCCCUUCCGUUGGCGCCAUGAACUUCAACCCGGCGUACAUGACCGACUCGGCGUGGAGCGUCCGCGUCGCCGCGCACGAGCUGGCGCAUGCCCUCGGUUUUAGCCACGAAGCAAUGAGGCACAAGAACCUGGUGGAGUCAGAGCCCAGUGUGCGUGGAGAAAACCGCAAGGUGGUGGCGGGGGCCACGGUCAAAGCGAAGGCGAUAGCGCACUUCAACUGCGAGUCGCUCAAGGGCAUGGAGCUGGAGCAGGACACUGUGGGUGUGCAAGCGAAGUUGCCUCACUGGGAGGGACGCAACGCCCGGGACGAGCUGAUGGCCCCCACGGUUGGCGCCGGCUACUACACGGCACUGACGCUGGCGGUGUUUGAGGACCUCGGCUACUACCGCGUGAAUUGGGGCAUGGCGGAGCCGAUGGGGUGGGGCAACAACUCCGGCUGCGGCUUCCUGCAGACGAAGUGCAACGACACCGAGCGCCUUGCCACCACGUACCCUCAUAUGUUCUGUGAUGACACCGACAAGGCGACGCUUCGCUGCUCCUCUGACCGCCGUCACGUCGGGACGUGCACAACAGGCAUCGUUGAUCAGAGCGGGAGCUUGCACAAUAAGGACGUGUGCCCUGUUGUUUCGACGUAUCUUCAUGAUUCAACUUCUGAGAGAAGGUCCAGCGCGUGCGCGGACGCAGCUGCGGCGACUCUCCCUGGGUCGCUGACUGGCACUGGCUCGUGGUGCCUGGACGCGGAAGCGCUGCAGGUGAAGACUAACGCCGGUGGCAAGAAAAUCGAGGGUGUGUGCGCGCAGGUGCUGUGCGAGGGCGGCGCAGUGAAGGUGAAGUACCUCGGCGGCAACGAGCCUGUGCCGUGCCCCGAGGGGAAGGAAGUCACGGUGGUGGCAAAUGAUCAUCUGCAGGGCGGGAAGCUAAAGUGCCCGAAGUACGAGGAGGUGUGCACCAUCGCCGCCAACGGCAGCAGCCUCGUCAUUCCGCGCGUUGAGGAGGAGGGCGACGCCGAGGGGAAUCCGGAGGAAGACGCAGCGGAGCAGGAGGAAAAGAAUGACGAGGAGGAGGCGGAGGAAGAGGUUCCGGCACUUGAGCCACAGCGUGCAGAGUUGUCUUCUGGAACUGCGGGCAUCGAUCUUUCGAAUCCGAAGGCGGCGGCGGAGGUUGGGCCCGGC